AUGGAGGGCGACGAGGCCUACAGCACCGAGGGUCUAAUGGAGGACCCCGAGGACUACUACCCGCCUUCGCCGCCGCCCACGCAACAGAUCUUCACGAUGCAAAGCGGCAAGCAAGUGACGCUGCGUCUGGUCGGGCACAGUCCCACCGAGGCGCACCAUCUGUGGAACGGGGCAAAGUUCGUGUCGGACUACUUCGAGCAGGACCCUUCCAGAGUCGAGGGCAAAUGCGUCCUCGAGUUGGGCGCCGGCGCCGGCUUGCCGUCGUUGGUUGCGGGCAUUCUGGGAGCCAGGAAGGUGGUCGUGACGGAUUUUCCAGACCCCGACCUGGUGGCCAACCUGCAAAGGAACAUUGACGAGUGCGACAAGACGGUUGAGCCCGAGGGGCAUAUUGGGCGGACGAUUGACGCCGCUGGGUUUGUUUGGGGCGCCGACCCUGCACCGCUUCUUGCCAAACUCGGGCCUGGACGUCAAGAGGGCGGCGACGGGACGCAGCAGCAGCAGCAGCAGCAGCAGCAGCAACGCUUUGACGUCUUGGUGCUUGCGGAUUUGCUGUUCCGCCACUCGGAGCACGGGGCGCUCGUCAAGACCAUCAAAGAAACCAUGCGUGCGUCGCGCGACAGCGCCGCGUACGUCUUCUUCACGUCUUACCGGCCGUGGAAGCAAGAUCUAGACAUGGGCUUUUUCGACGUUGCUCGGAACGCGGGACUCGAGGUGGAGCAGGUCUCGGAAAGGAGGCUGGAGAAGCCCCUCUUUGAAGGAGAUCCGGGGGACUUGGAGGUGCAAAAGACUGUCAGGGGGUUCGUGGCGCGGUGGCGGGCGGAAGAUUGUCGUGGCUGA